GUAUACACAAAUACAUGACUCUGUUUACAUUCUGUUAGAUUUUUUGUUCGUUUUUGUUUUUUUUUUUUGCAUUUUUUUUUGUUCUUUGUUUACUUUUUAUUUUCCGAUUUGCUUGUAUCAAUGGUUCGCGAAAAGAUGACGGGGCGCAAAAAUAAAGUUCCAUCUGAGAUACAUUCGGAUGUAACGAAUUCAAAGUUAUUUGAAAAUCGCAUCGAAGUGGCCGAUGUGGAUCUGGUUAAAGAUGUUGAUGAAGCCUUUUUUGAUGCUUCCUACGGGCUAAUCCAUCAACUAUCAACGCGCGAUCCGUUCGUGACAGGGAAGAUGAAACUUUUUGUGGAUUUGUUGGCCAGAAUGCACAGCCAUUACGUGGUUGAAGCCUCCGCCCAUGCAGAGAUUCGGAAGAAAGUGGAAACCGCCGAUGAAAAGAUAGCCUUGGCCCUAAAAACAACAGCCACGUCGGAUGCUGUUAUGGAGCAUUUGCGGGAAUCUCUAGCAGAGGCUUGGCGCACUGCCGAUGCGGUACACUUACGGGAGGCCCGUUUACAGGGUCAAUUGUAUAAUAUCGCACACCAAGAAGAGAAUCAUAAAAAGCCCGUUGAGCUGCUAGAUGGACAACAGAAGGAACAUCGCAUCCGGAGUAUUGUCUAUCGAGAGCGUGAUCGCCUUGCCGCCGAACUGGCUGAUUAUCAAAAGCGCCUAGAAUUGAAUCGAGAAUAUUCACAAUCCCUGGAAAUUAUAAUUGGAACGCAUGAAGAGACUAUCAUGAAAUUGCAAAAUCAAAUCAAGAUGGUCGAGUCGGAGAAACACAAUUUAAAACGCAAGCAACAGGCCUUAAAUGACAGCUUUGAGGAGCGCCUAAAAGUUCAAGAGAAGGAAAUUCUUGAAGGCCAGAGCCGACUUCUUGGUCUCCAGCAUGUGCAAAAGGAACUGCAGACGUGCCUGGCUGCCAAUGAAAAACACAAACAGGUUCGCGAUCGACUGGCAAAUGAAAACUACACCUUAACCAAAGCGCUUCAUCGGCUGGAGGAAGAACGGAAUCGCCUUAUCAACGACAACCAAUUGCUUGAGGACACUACAGAGCGUCUGAGACACGAGCGAACUGAGCUUGAGGCAAUAAAUCGUGCAGGCGUACGAGAUGCCAAAAAGAAAGCUGACGAAGCAGUUUUAUUAGGGCGUCGUUUCCACCAGGUAGCCAAGAAGAAUUCUGAUUUGAAUGAACAGUUGUUGGUCUUGCGGAAUGAGCUUACGGCAAUAGGAAAAAAGCUCAUGGUGGCCAAUAAAAAUGUGGAAGAAGCUAGUCGCCAAAAGGAAGAAAUGAAAAUCAGUCGCGAAAAGGUGCGUCACGAUGUAACGCGGCUCGGCGGUAUAGUGGCCGGAUUGCGUCAUGAUAUGGCCAUCCUUCGCAACCAAAUGCAGAAUGUACAAGUAGACCUAAGUCGAGCGAACAAUGCCCUGGAUGAGAAGGAGGGCAGACUCCAGAAGAUAACACGAGAAAAGUUGGAGCUUGUUCAAGAGGCCCAAGAGCUAAAUAAACAAAUAGAAACAUUAGAAGAGGCUGUGCAGAAUAAGACCGAACGAUUGGUCGAAAUUCAAGAGAGCCUCCAACAAAAACAGCAGGACUUUCACAACGUUAAGAAGCAAAUGGAACUUGUACACUCAGAGAAAAUGAUGCUGCUCAAGAACUUGGAAGUGUGCUCUCGAGAUCGUCAGAAUCUUCAGGGUGUCACAGGCAAAUUGAACCAUCAGAUCAAUCAAUUAACCAGUGAGCUGUCGAUAAACGAGAAGGACAUCACGGCAUUGCGCAAUCAAAUCGACCAACUGAAUAGCAGCAUGAAACAGAGAGAGAAUGAGAUCCAUCUUAAGGAGCGUCUCUUGAACGCCACUCGCGACGAUUUGCGUGAGCUGAAACUGCGUUUGGUGCAGUCACAACACACCGUCGAAGAGGAUGAAAAGCGUUUCAAGCACAUCUCCUGCACUCUCGAAGAGACAACUAAGGAAAAGACGCUGGUUGGACUGCAAAUGGUUCGCCGAAAUGACGAGCUGCUUGUAUUGCGUGAAAAGGUCGCAAUGAUGCAGUUCGCCAUCGAUAGCGGAACGGCUCAGUACAACAAGCGCAUCGAGGAUAUCCGCCUGCUUAAAUUGGAGAUAACCAAUUUGAGCAUGUCCCGGGAGUGCAUGCGACGUGCAGUCGAUAACACGGCCAAUUUACGGCACGAAAUCGUACGCUUGGAGCGUGAACUUAAUCAGGAGCGCCUCCGAGUGACUGCCUACUCGGAGGAGUUGUCCCGCCCCUGUCGCAUUCAUCGUUGGCGCAUUCUACUGGGCAGGGAUCCCCGUCGCUAUGAGCUCAUCCGAAAAAUUCAGUUGCUUCUUAAACGCAACAUUCGCCUUAAUGUCGAGCGUACGAAUAUGGAGCAACGAUUGCAGGAUUCUCAUCAAUUGUACAACACCCUUAAACAGCAAAUGAAAAACAUGCCGGAUCCUGGCAUGGCGCAAGCUCUGUCCGAUCAGCAGCGUAUCAAUAGGCAACAGCGCCGCCGGGUGAAGGCAUUAACUGCUGAGUUGAGGAUAACAGAGAUCGACGUAAAGACCCGAAAUUGCCUGAUCGAGAGGUACCAGCAGACGCUGAGGGAACAACAUGAGAAUCCACAGAGACAUGUCCUGCAAAGGAAGAAAUGUCAGUGCCAUAAACAGCAGAAGCUCAAAGAUAAAGCCUGGAUGGAUCUGGUUAAUCUGGACCAGUGUACGAAGGAAGUGUUUGAAAGCUCCAGCUCGGUUGAGGCCUGUGAGAAAAUGCCCAAUUAUAUUCGUGCCAAAUAGCAAAUAGUUAGGUUUUAUUUUAUUGUUAUUAUUAUUUUAUCUGAUUAUAUUAAGGUGCUAACCAUUUUAAACCCA